AUGACAGACUUGUUUGUGCAGACUUCAACACCUUUUCCAGUUGUGAAGAAGGCAGAUAUUGAACGUGGAAGUGGAAGCCCCAAGCCCCCAGCCCCCAGCCCCCAGCCCCCAGCCCCCAGACCUAAUACCCCAGAUCCUAGUAUUCUAGACCCCGAGAACCUAGUACCCCAAGACCCUAGUAUCCCAGACCCCGAGAACCUAGUACCCCCUGAUCCUUGUACUCCCAGACCUCGUGAAGUAAGCACCCAGCUCCGAGACCCCGAGAACCUAGUACCCCCAGACCCUUGUACCCCCAGACCUCGUGAAGUAAGCACCCAGCUCCCAGACCCCGAGAACCUAGUACCCCCAGAUCCUUGUACUCCCAGACCUCGUGAAGUAAGCACCCAGUUCCCAGACCCCGAGAACCUAGUACCCCCAGAUCCUUGUACUCCCAGACCUCGUGAAGUAAGCACCCAGUUCCCAGACCUCGUGAAACCUCGUGAAGUAAGCACCCAGUUCCCAGACCCCGAGAACCUAGUACCCCCAGACCCUUGUACUCCCAGACCUCGUGAAGUAAGCACCCAGCUCCCAGACCCCGAGAACCUAGUACCCCCAGAUCCUUGUACUCCCAGACCUCGUGAAGUAAGCACCCAGUUCCCAGACCCCGAGAACCUAGUACCCCCAGAUCCUUGUACUCCCAGAUCUCGUGAAGUAAGCACCCAGUUCCCAGACCUCGUGAAACCUCGUGAAGUAAGCACCCAGCUCCCAGACCCAGAGAACCUAGUACCCCCAGACCCUUGUACUCCCAGACCUCGUGAAGUAAGAACCCAGCUCCCAGACUUCGAGAACCUAGUACCCCCAGAUCCUUGUACCCCCAGACCUCAUGAAGUAAGCACCCAGCUCCCAGACCCCGAGAACCUAGUACCCCCAGACCCUUGUACUCCCAGACCUCGUGAAGUAUAA